AUGGGCUGGUGGCUGCUGCCAAGGACCCUGCGCAGCCGGCGCGUCAGGAGGCCCCUUUUUGCUGAACUCUGGCACAUUCAGAAGGGCUUAGGUGUCCCCCAGGGCAUCGGGGCGCAGCGCCGGGGCGGACGGCGGGUCGAAAGCGAGAGCGGGCUGGGGGGGAAGCGAAACCCGCGGGGCCGUUUCCAUUGUCCAAAGCGAGACAAUAUGCAAAGCGCGAGGCCGGCGCCGAGAGGGAAAGUGAAUCGGAGCGGCAGAAAUCACGUUAUUAAAAUGAAGGGCGCUGACUCCUCGGAGCGGGUCCUCACGACCAUGCGCUGGGGCCUGAUUCCCUCCUGGUUCAAAAAGGACGACCCCUCCAAAAUGCCCUUCAACACCUCCAACUGCCGCAGCGACACCAUGCUGACGAAAUCCUCCUACAAGGACCCUCUCCUCAAGGGCAAGCGCUGCGUGGUCCUGGCCGACGGCUUCUACGAGUGGCAGCAGCAAGAGGGCGGGAAGCAGCCCUAUUUCAUUUACUUCCCCCAGACGACAAACGAAACGGCCGACACGGAGGAGGGAGACGAGUGGAAGGGCUGGCGGCUGCUCACCAUGGCCGGGAUCUUCGAGCGCUGGGAGCCGCCGGGCAGCGGGGACGCGCUCUACACGUACACCAUCAUCACCGUGGACGCCUCCAAGGACGUGAGCUUCAUCCACCACAGGAUGCCAGCUAUCCUGGACGGGGAAGAAGCCAUCAGGAAGUGGUUGGACUUUGCUGAAGUGCCAACCCAGGAAGCAGUGAAACUCAUCCAGCCCACGGAGAACAUCGCGUUCCACCCGGUGUCCACCAUCGUGAACAGCGUGCGCAACGACAGCCCGGAGUGCCUGGCUCCCAUCGAGCUGGGAGUCCAGCAGGUCAAAGCCACCGCAAGCAGCAAAGUGAUGGCGAGCUGGCUGAAAAGCGCCCAGGAGGCCUCUCCCAAGAAGCAGGAAAAUGAGGUGCCCAGAUGGACGAGUCAGUUCAUCCAUAACCCCUCGCCCAAGAAGACCAGCGCGGGGGUCCUGCAGCAGUGGCUGGGGAAGGCGGGAGAGCCGGCCGCGAAGAGGCGCAAGGUGUAG